CGACGUUUUCCCUUUUGGCCAGUUGUUAAUCACGUGUCUACAGAAAAGGAAAGAAAUCAAAAUGAAAUCAGAAAAUGAACAUUAUCCACAGCAAAAGAGAAUCGUUUUUAACGCUGCUGGAGUGAAUUGUCAAUCGCGUUACAAUCAUUUGGAAGGUGUAGGACAAAAUGUGGAGGAAAAAACCACGAGCAAAGCUUGCUUGAAAAUGGCUGAUUACAGGCAUCUUUGGGAGCAGGAAUGCCACUCGAAAAUCAAACAUAACAAUAGAGACAGUUCCAGUAAUACUUCAAUUCAAACCAGUGAUUCAUUUAACUCAUCACUUUCUCAACCCAUAACAGAUGAAAUAACUUUAAAAAUGGAUGCGGAAGACAAACUUUGCAGCGGGCCAUGGCAAUUAUCAGUUUCUUCCGACCCGGCAAGUGUGUCAGAUGUAAUCGACAGAAAGAUGUCUUUUGAAAGCAUUGAUUUUAAGUUACCAAUACCAAGCAUAGAUGAUGCACCUAGUCUAGAUGAUGUCUUUGAUGUCCUUGAUGCUGAAAUGGAUUUUUUUGGGCCAGAUAUGGCAACAGAACCACCUUCAACAGGAUCAUCUCCUCACUUUAAUGACAGCCCUUACCAGUCUUACUGGUCUCAUGGUUCAUGUCAACCGCCACAUGUUUACAUUCCGUCUUCCAACCCAUGCAACGCAUUUCAAGGCUUUAAUUUUGGCCUCGCGAAAGGUCUUCAAAACCCUUCCCGUGGUUUGAUAACUGCAAUAAGGAGAUUGUGUGAGUUACUCUCAAAACCAAGAUCAGACCAUCUUGAUUCUAUUUUCGUUCGCCUCCUGAAUGCAACCUUAAGAGAAAUGGAGGCGGCCGCGCAACCUCAGUCCAAGAGCUCCAGGAGAAGAAGUGCAAGGCAAGAUAUCCCUUAUAGACAGAGGAUACGAGUUAACAAGUCUGCAAGCGACGCUGAAAAAGGUCUUGGGGCAGCCAACAUCAGAAUGAGCCGAUCUGUCGCUUGCAAGUCCCAGUCCUUACCAAUUAUUUCUUCUAGAUCUAGAGUAGCUCGCUGUACUGGGACUGUCGAUCUGACUAUGUUAGAGGGCGAGAAAACGAGCUCAGAGAAGACAAAUACCAAAGCAGCAACUCAAAACGAGCCUUUUAUAGCGCUGGAGGACACCAUGCCAGUUUUCAUGGGAAGCUUCAUUUAGUAUAUCUAACUUCAGAUACUAUAGGACUCGUUAACCCUUAAACUCCCAUAAGUGACCAAGAAAGAAUUUCUCCUUACAAUACUUGUACAAUAUCAAGCAGAUAAGUGAUGAGAAUAAAGGAAAAUAUCAUUAGGGGAAUUGUUCGUUGAUUCAAUACCAAAUUCUCAGAACUAGCAUCACAAGAAUUGUGUGACUGACGGUAAAGAGAAUUACCAAUGAGAUCUUGGAAGCAAAAGGGUUAACCGCAGCUGGUGUAAGAAUAAAAUUGCGGACAUCGCUAGUUGUAAGGUAACUUACCAUCCUCUGUAGAGCUUACCGAGUCCAGGUUAUAACAAAAAGUAUCAAACGAACCAUUAGCGUUCAACAAAAAACUCGUGAUCACCACCCAUUCACGACAAAGGAGAGCUGUGAACUAGAGCCAGCAAAGAGAACUUUAAAAACCAUUUGCAAGUUUCCAUUUUAUUGUUCUAUAUAGCAGUAGAGUAUGUGCAGUACCGAUCGAGAUAGUGAAGGGUAUGCAGAGUGCUACCGUUGUUAUGCGACGUAAUUACAUUUUAAAUUUUUAAAUUUUUUAUCUUAACGAUUACCUCGUUUAUUAAAAUGUUGCAAUUAAUUUUCCAUUAUGAUAAUCAUAAGUAUCUAAUGAUUUACCUUGAAUUGCUAACAAAGUAGCAAGGUUUUAAACAACAGUACAAUAUUCUGAAUCUCAUCAAAAUACAGCAGCAACACACGACAUCGGUGCCUGGUGUCUUCCUUUACAAGUCCAGUU